AUAAUAUAUAAACACACUGAAGUGACACUAGAUGCAGAAGAGUUUUGUGGGUUUGUACUGAAGGUUUAAUGUACACAGGUUGUUUUAGGACUUGAUACCGUGACUAUUUCCUGUAAGUGAACUCUGUGCUGAUACAGGGUUUGAUUUAACACACCGAUGUUGGAGUGAAGUAAACGUGUGUCCUGCUGUAAUCUGGAGAAGGAGACAUGACCUCCAACAUGAGUGUGUCUGGAAAACAGGACUUAAAGAAAGACGAGAGAAUGAUGAAGAGAAAGAGAUCAGACUCACCAGAACCCAGCUGUAUGUCCAUGAAGAGUGACGCGUCAAUGGAUCCUCCGGUUAAGUUCAGAGACAGAGACAGAGACAGUUCUACUGAUGUGAGGUCUGUAUAGUGAGGUGUUUUACGGCAAUGUUCCACCUGAUCAAACUCACUCGUCUCAUUAUGAAGCCCUUCAUGAGCUUUAUCAGGUGUUGAACCAGUACAACACUAAACUGUGCAGUGCUGCAGCUCUCGGACUGGCAGUGAGGAAAAGUGCUUUAAGAGUUCAGUUCAGCCUGCAGUCCCUGAGCUGGAGGGUCUGUGGUGCUACAGAGGAACAUUUACACCUGGGAAAUUAAUGACAACAUAAAUAUUUUAUUCAUUCAUUCUUUCAUUCAAACUUUUGUUUCUAAAUAUGUUAGUGUUAGUUAGGAAAUCCUGAAAUCAGUGUAUUGUGUUAAGAGGAGAGUGUUAAAGGUGCAAUAAUUUAUUUUUCCAUGUACACAUCACCUAGAAAUUUGUAGAACAUGAAAAAAAGCUAUGGUCAUGGCCUCAGCACAAGUGUACUAUGUGGCUGAAAAAAUAAAACUCGUCUGGAAAUCUGCCUUCCAGACCAGUAGUGUUUGGUCAGGCCUCGUGUCGGUUAUCUUAUAGACACUCCCCAAAGUCCCUUCACUCAUCCCCCAUCUCAGCUUUCCUCCAGAGAAGAAAGAAACAUCGCCAAAGACUGUAAGCUCUAGUGUCACCACCUUCAAGGAGGAAAAAUGAAGGACAUCCUCCCAACAAACAAACAAACAAAUAAAUACAUAAAUAAAUAGGCAAUAUGUUUUCAGGUUGUCUGUCUAUCUGAGACUUUCACUGGCACAUAUCGUUAAACCAUUUUCCUGAUUCUACAGAUUUACAAUUGUGUUUUUACUGAUAGAAGAAUGAUGAUUUAACACUGUGUGGAUUAUUGAAUAGAAAAAGGAUAUGGUGACCCUGUUUUAAGUAAAAUACUUUUUAAAUAUAUUAUAUCUAUGGAUUAAAAUAUAUUGAAUAGACUGUAUGGUUAGUAAUUUAUUCUUUUUAAAUUGUAAAGUGACCAUUGUAUAGAAUGUAAAGUAAUAUAUUUAUAAAUGACCAAUUAAAACUAUCUAAUCAUUUUAGUCCUCAGUAUAAAAGAAUAGAUGGGACAUUAUCAGGCUAAUUUGCAGUAAACUGUGCAAACACACUAAAAUCCUAAUCUCAGCCACCUGGGACACUGGAGCCACGAAGCUCUGAAGCUAACUGAUGUAACAAGCAGAGUACCUGUGUAACAUGAUUUAGACAAUAAUUCUCUCAGCCAUCCUGUAUAUAAACUAGCCUAUAGUGUCGUGGCAAAACUUUUCAGAUGAGAAUAACAAAAAUAACUUUCCAAAGACAAAGGGUUUUGGAUGCCAAAUAUGAGACUUUAUUGAAUGAACCAACAAAGCAGAGAUGAUCAUCUGAUUUACACAGUCGUGGCUCAUGCUUUUAUACACUUCUAGAACAAUGAUCUUAUUAAGUGAAGUCUUCUCUUUUUUUCUUUUAAUCACACACCUGCUUAGUUUACCCUCUAUCUUAGUUUUAACCAUGGCGAGAGAUCAGUCAGUUUAUUUUUUAAAAAAAGUUAACAUUCAUCACAACCUCAACAAUGCACUUCAGUAGUCUGAUAGAGAGAAAAACACCUUCCCGUGAGAUAUGACAGAGCACAUCUGGACUGAAGAAGAUACAAUUUAUGAAUGAGAACUGUGUGCUUAUUGUUUUUCCCAAAAGCACAGUCCACCUGCAAGGUCACACCAGUUUGUUUUAGGUUUCUUGUUUCACAUACACAGAAAUAUCCUUGUAAAAUCAUAAAGUCACUCUCUAAAUGCACUAAAUCUUUUAUGAUUUCUAAGUAUUUUAACUCUUGAUUAUACUUGAUGGAUUAUAUGAUAAUCAUACUUAAAUCAUACUUUGAUUAAGAAAAUUCUUUGAGAAUAGUCAUGCUAGUCACUGUUGUUAACAGCUCGUGAAGGUGUUUUAGCUGUAAAAGAUAACCACAAAUGAGCUCCAGCGUUGUCCAGCAUUGAGGCGUUGAGUGGAACAAAAUCAAAAAAGAAUGAAUGAAAAACGAGCUAGUCAGUUGGAGGAAGCUUUUCACUUUCUGCAGUGUCUUAUAUUUAUGCUGUGUAUUAUUAUUCUUACUACUCAACUGCUCGUUAUUAUGCAUUUCCCCACUAUUCUGUUAUUCUAUCAUCAUUAUUAUCAUCAUAUAGUCCAUAUUACAUGAUGUGUUUUGUUUGUUCACAGACCACAAAAUAAGAAAUCAAAGAUCAGCAGAAAUCAGUUGGAGUCCAUAUUCAAGGAGCUGGAACACAAAGUCAUCACUCUGAUAAAGAAUGAGCUGAAGAGGUUUAGGAAGCUCGUGAGUCCAGAUUACCCAGCAUGCACUGAGAGGGAGGUGGAGGAUGAGGAGGAUCUGCACAGUGUCAGAGAGGGAGCGCUGAAGAUCACACUGCACGUCCUGAAGAACAUGAACCACACAGAUCUCGCUAACACACUGCACAACAAGUCUGUGGCCUUUGUGUAUCAGGCAAAGUUGAAAUCCAACCUGAGAGAGAAGUUUAAAAGAAUUAAUGAAGGAAUCUCACAGCAUGGAAGCUCAGCACUUCUGAAUGAGAUCUACACAGAGCUCUACAUCACAGAGGGUUGGAGUGGAGACGUCAAUAAUGAACAUGAGGUGAGACAGAUUGAGACAGCGUCCAGGAGACCAGCAACACAGGAGACACCCAUCAAAUGUAAUGACCUCUUUAAAGACAAGUCCAUCAGAACUGUGCUGACUAAAGGUGUUGCUGGAAUUGGAAAAACAGUCUCUGCGCAGAAGUUCAUUCUGGACUGGGCUGAAGGAAAAGCAAAUCAGGACGUCUUCUUCAUGUUUCCACUUCCCUUUAGAGAGCUGAAUUUGAUGAAGCAGGAAAAUCUCACUCUGAUGAAUCUUCUUCAUCACUUUUUCCCAGAAAUGAGAAAACUACAAUUAAUAGAUUGUGAAUCCUACAAAGUGGUGUUGAUCUUUGAUGGUCUGGAUGAGUGUCGACUUCCUCUAAAUUUCCAGAACAAUGAGAGAUUGUGUGAUGUGACAGAGUCAGCCUCAGUGGAUAUGCUGCUCACAAACCUCAUCAAGGGGAAUCUGCUUCCCUCUGCUCUCCUCUGGAUAACCUCUCGACCAGGAGCAGCCAAUCAGAUCCCUCCUGAGAGUGUAGACCAGGUAACAGAGGUACGAGGGUUCAGUGAUCCUCAGAAAGAGGAGUACUUCAGGAAGAGGAUCAGUGAUCAGAGCCUGGCCAAUAAAAUCAUCACACACAUGAAGUCUUCAAGAAGCCUCUACAUCAUGUGCCACAUCCCAGUCUUCUGCUGGAUUUCAGCCAAUGUUCUAGAGAGAAUGUUGGGUGAAGCAGAGAGUGGAGAGAUCCCCAAGACUCUGACUCAAAUGUUCACACACUUCCUGAUCUUUCAGAUCAAACACAAGGACCAAAAGUACCAUCAGAAAUGUGACCCUGAUCCUCAGCAGACCAGAGAGAGUAUCCUGGCACUGGGGAAACUGGCUUUCCACCAGCUGGAGAAAGGAAACCUGAUCUUCUAUGAGGAAGACCUGAGUGAGUGUGGCAUUGAUGUCAGAGAAGUGUCAGUGUACUCAGGAGUGUGUACCCAAAUCUUCAGAGAGGAGUUUGGGCUUCACCUGGGGAAGGUGUUCAGCUUUGUACAUCUGAGUGUUCAGGAGUUUUUGGCUGCUUUAUAUGCAUUUCUGUCCUUCAUCAGCAGAAAUGUACCAGAACAACAAAUCACUGAUCUGUCUGAACUUUCCAGAAAGUCAAACAUGUCUGAUUUCCUCAGGACUGCAGUGGACAAGGCCUUACAGAGUGAGAAUGGACACCUGGACCUGUUCCUCCGCUUCCUUCUGGGUCUCUCACUGGAGUCCAAUCAGACUCUUUUACGAGGCUUAAUACCACAGAGAGGAAGCAGCUUUCACAGCGAACAGGAAACAGUCAAGUACAUCAAGGAGAAGAUCAGGGAGAAUCCAUCACCAGAGAAAUCCAUCAGUCUGUUCCACUGUCUGAAUGAACUGAAUGAUCAUUCUCUAGUGCAGGAAGUACAAACUUACCUGAACAGAGAAGAUUACAGGUGUCUCAGUGGAAGCAGUCUCUCUCCUGCUCAGUGGUCAGCUCUGGUGUUUGUGUUACUGAACUCAGAACAGGAGCUGGAUGAGUUUUCAUUGAAUAAAUAUGACCAAUCAGAAGAAUGUCUUCUGAGGCUGCUGCCAGUGGUCAAAGCCUCCAGAAAAGCUGAGUGAGUAUUUUUAUUCAUAAAUGUAUUACUGCAUGGUUUGUUAUUUUAUUGUAACACUGAACCACACUGUUUGGAGAAGAUCUUUUACAGAAUAUUCUUUCACUUUUUACACUAACACAUUAUGUCCACACUGCGGGACACGUGAGAGAGGAUAAGGACGCUUUCACAUCUACCUGGGCUGGUUUGGACCGAUUAAACUUUCUCUUUAGUUUGGAUCUCUUUGGACGUAUGUGACUCCACCUGUUCUGGGGUCCACACCAAACAACUGAACUAGUGUCUGUGUAAAAUCUAAGGUCCUGAGGUGACAGAUUUGUAACGGUACACACCAACUACUAUACCGUCUCUGUGAAAUUCAACAUAUAACUCACUGUAAAGUACCACUAGUACUGGCAUG